GGCGGCGGCGGCGGCGCGGUCCCGCUGCCGCUAUGAACGAGGCGGUGGUGCGGCGGACGCAGGAUUCCUUGGGCAGAGUUAUCCGCAAGCCGCCGUUGACAGACCGGUUGCUGAAUAAGCCGCCUUUCCGCUACCUGCACGACGUGAUCACCGAGGUAAUUAGAGUGACAGGUUUUAUGAAAGGACUUUACACGGAUUUUGAAUUGAAAUCAGAUAAUGUUAAGGAUAAAGAUGCCAAAAUCAUCUUCCUUCAGAAGGCAAUCGAUGCUGUGGUAAUGGUAACAGGAGAGCCACUGUCAGUAAAACCAGCACGUAUUGUGGCUGGCCAUGAACCUGAAAAAACCAAUGAAUUUCUUCAAGCAAUUGGGAAGUGUUGCUUAAACAAGCUGUCCAGUGAUGCUGCUGUAAAACAGAUCUUAGCUGGGGAAAGAGCUGAUAAAGGGAAGCCUCCAUCCUCUAAAUCUCGAGAUAAAGAAAGCAAAGACUCCAAAACAGAAGAACAAAAAAGCCAUAGAGAUAAAGAGGGUAGAGGAGGCACUGAACUUAAAGAGAGGGGCUCAAGCAAAGACAGAAAACCCAAAGGAGAUUUGAAAGAGCGUGAAGAGAGAGAAAAGGAAAGUGAAAAACAGAAGGACAAUGAAGACACGAGACACAGACACAAAGGCUCUGAAAGAGACUCUUAUAAGGAAGGAGAAAAACAAGAAAGGGAAAGAAGAAAAAGCAGAACAUCCAAAGAAGGAAGAGAAACAGAAAAUAACAAGGGGAAAGGAGACAGAGAACGAGAAGAUGAUCUUGAACAUAAUAAAGGACAAGAUAGAGACAAAAAAAAUGAAGGAGGAAGAGAAAAGGACAGACUGAAAGGAAGAGACAAAGAUAAGACUAGGGACAGAGAACGAGAGAAGGAUAGAGCUGGAGGAAAAGACCGAGAAAGGGAUAGGCAGAGGGACAGAGAAAAAGAUGGGGAGCAUUUAAGAGAACAUGGAAAAGAUAAAACAGAGAAAAAGUCUGCAGAUUCUGAGGAAUCCAUGCUUAGAAAAAUGCAGAGGCCAACUAAAGACAGCAAGUGCCAGCCAGAUGAGAGUGAAAAUCCGUCGGGAAUAUCAAGGCAGCCUUCAACAAAAGGAUCAAGGCAACAUGCCAGACCCGGAGGAGAAGGAACUGUGGAAAUGAAGAACGUGGUAGAUAAAAUUUCAGAGGACAGUGCUGCUAAACCACAAGAGAAAGCUGAACCAAGGCUUGCCAUAAAACAGAAAGAAGGAGAAGUUGAGAACACGGCUGCUGAAAAGCCUGCAGUAUCUGAAAAUGGUGACAUACCCAAUGAUCUUCCACCUCAGCCCAUCCAAAGACGUACUCCCCGUCCUAGCAGUGCAAGACCAGCACCACCCCGGGUAAAACGUCAGGAAAGCACAGAGGUCUUACUUCCAGAAAGGAGCAGUAGUGGUAAAACAGUCUCAAAUGUGAUUGUAGACCAGCAGAUUUCUGAUGACGAUGAUGACCAGUUUGUGGUGGAGGCAGCAUUGCCACUGUCAGAAAUACCAAAUAUGGACAUGGAGCCAGAAGUGGAGCUGACUGAAGACCAGAAGCAUGGUGGGCUUGUAAAAAGAAUCCUAGAAACAAAGAAAGAUUAUGAGGCAUCACAGAAACCAUCAAAGACGACAGACAGGGAGAAGCCCUUUGUAUCAGAAGCAGCCAAGAAGAAAGAGAGAGACUUAGUAGCCAAAGAAAUUGAGAAGUUUCAGGUCUCUAUCCAGACUCUGUGCCAGAGUGCCCUUACUCUCGGCAGGAUCAUGGACUACAUUCAAGAAGACAUGGAUGCCAUGAAGAACGAGUUGCAAAUGUGGCGGCAUGAGAACAGGCAGCAUGCUGAAGCACUCCAGAAAGAGCAAAGCAUCACGGACAGUGCUGUAGAACCCUUGAAAGCUGAUCUGGCUGAACUGGAACAGUUGAUUAAAGACCAGCAAGACAAGAUCUGUGCUGUCAAAGCUAAUAUUUUAAAGAACGAAGAAAAAGUCCGGAGGAUGGUUCUUAGCAUAAACUUGUCUUCAAGAAGGUGAAGAAAAGGAUAAAAAAGGCCUUGGGACUGAGUGACAUUCCUACCAAAUAAAAACAAAAUAGCAGAGAAAGCUAGGAUAUGCCUUGUUUUAGAUACAAAAUGUUUAGGGACCUGAAGUCAAAACUGUAUAGAACUUCCAUUGUUGCGUUGUUGUUCAGAUGUCAAUAUUACCCAGGACAAAAUUAUAUUCCUAUGAAUGCUCAGGUUGCAGAGCUAUUAAAAUAACUUGUUUGGUUA